ACAAGUUUCGUUGCUGUCCAAAUGGCCAAUCAUCAUUACAUUGUUAAUCGACAGCACUGUCAAAUAAUGGACAGACCACUUGGAUAAAUAAGACUGGGGCUAGACAAGAGACACACACGCCGGUUUCACACUGUGAUGUGUCAUGAUGUGUUUGUUUUGUCGAUAUGUGUGUGUGUCAUAUAAAUAAUGUGACGAAGUUGUCAUAAAAUUGAACAGCUAUUUAGACACAGCGACACGCAUUCUGGAUGACACUAGCAAUCCUGGAUGGACUAUUGACGACAGUCUAAACUUGGAACUCGGACUUUACGAGACGUAAAAAAGAGAGACUCGGAACCGAUCAGAACGCAUCGAUUCAACACAUUGAUUCUGUCAGAGAUGCAGACGUUCGUGAAAGGAAAGCGAGUUGGAUACUGGCUCAGUGAAAAGAAGAUGAAAAAACUCAGUUUCCAGACCUUCGUGGACAUGUGCAGGAAACAAGGCAUAGAGAUGAUCCAGCUGGAUCUGAGCCAGCCAAUCGAGAAGCAGGGACCAUUUGAUGUCAUCAUCCACAAGCUGACUGACCACAUUGUUGAUGCUGACCAAAAUGUCACAGAGUCUCUGCUGCUUGUUCAGGGUGUUCAGGACUACAUAGGUGCACAUCCUGAAACGGUGAUUCUCGACCCUCUUCCGGCCAUUCGUACCCUGCUGGACCGCUGCAAGUCAUACAAGCUAAUUCAUAAACUUGAAGAAUGCAUGCAAGAUGACAGAAUCUGCUCACCUCCAUUCGUUGUCCUCAAGAGUGAGUGUGGCACUGAGACUCUGGAGCAGCUUCAGAAACAUGGAAUCACGUUUCCCUUCAUCUGCAAAACCCAAGUAGCUCAUGGCAUCAACUCCCAUGAGAUGGCCAUCAUCUUCAGUGAGGAAGAUCUGAAGGACAUCAAGCCCCCAUGUGUCAUCCAGAGCUUCAUCAACCAUAAUGCAGUGCUGUAUAAGGUGUUUGUUGUAGGAGAGGCCUACAAUGUGGUUCAGCGGCCCUCCAUUCGAAAUUUCCCAUCUGGACCCACAGACAGGAGAGCAAUAUCCUUCAACAGUCAUCAUGUGUCCAAACCAGAGUCCUCUUCUGACCUGACCUGCAGGGACAACAUGGAGGGCCAGUACGGGGAACCCAACAAAGAAGUCAUUCAGAAAAUUUCCAGAAGGUUACGACAGGCCCUUGGCAUUUCUCUGUUUGGGAUUGAUAUCAUCAUCAACAACCAGACCGGCCAGCACGCCGUCAUCGACAUCAAUGCUUUCCCAGGUUACGAGGGAGUCCCCAAGUUUUUUGAUGACCUGUUGAGUCACAUCACCAGCGUCCUGCAAGGUCAGGUGUCUAAUGGAGCAGCAUGUGGUCAUCUGAGAUUGAACGGGAUAGCUCAGAGCCCAUCUGUGGCCUGCGGGGUACACUGUGGCAUGCUGGGAAAUGAAAGCAGUUGGUUGAUGGACAGUGAGGGGAUAAAGAAGGGUCCCCAUCAGGGUCUGAGCUGCGGUGGUGCUUGCAUGGCUCCAAACUUUCACCAGCAUGGCAGGUCGAGUUUAGCAGCGGAGACAUCCUCGCAGUGACGCCGCGAGCCAAUGCUGUCGGAUAUUUCUUUACUGUUCACAAACCCAAUGAACCCUCGCCAAAGAGUAGGUGUAUAGAAGAUUCCUUUGUGCCAAAUGUGAAUUGUGCAGGAAAUGAUUGAAUGUUUCUUCUCAUUUAUUUAAUUUCAUGUUUGCAAUGGUCGACCUGAUCUUGGAGAUGUAUAUGAUUUAGAUUUUUUUUAUGAAUGUUGCACUGAACUUGAUUUGCAGAAAAAGGGCUUUGUGGAGAAACUACACAUUUUAUUGAUGUUAAUAUAUUAAUGAAAUACUUGAAGGGACAAUUGGUGUCAUGAUUUGGGUCGAAGACAUUGCACUAUUUAAAUAAGUGUCUUAUUAACCUUCUCUUCUUGCAUGAAUCAUAAAUUCUGGCCAAAUAAGAGAGUUUGAGGACCUUUAGUGCUGUCUGAAGCAAUCUGCUGGUAAUUAAUCUCUUAAAACAUGGCAACAGCAGCUCUGCUUUUUUAUUAUUAUUAUUAUUAUUGUUAUUUGUUUUUUUUUGAAGAGUCAGAUUUUUUUUAAAAGUUUAAUCAUUUCAUAUCUGAGGGGCCUGUAAAAACCUUCCACACUGGCAGGUGCUGUGAGAUUGUAUAGGGGUAAUGCAUUGAUUGCAAACAGAAAAUUAACAGACUUCACCAAAAAAGUUACCCCAAAAAAAGUAAUUCAGUCAUCAUGAUUCUCUUUCUUCGUUAGAACACAAAAGAAGAUAUUUUCAGAAAUGUUCCAACUGAUUUUGUUGACAAUGAAAGUCCCUGGGGUUAAAACAACACUGAACCCUUCCCUGAGCACUUUCAUUUUAUUUACAAACUAAAUUCAUACAGGUUUUGAAUGACAUGAGGGUGAGUAAAUGAUGACAGAAUUAGCAUUUUAGGGUGAACUUUUCCUGAAAUAUGAUUGACAAAUGUAUUGAGUUUGCUAUUUUGACAAUGUAUUAGUUUGUUAGUCUGUUUUAUCUCCAACACAUUAUACUUGUACAUGAUGUAUAGUUUGUAAAUAUGGUAAUUUUUUUCUUUUGUGACACAAAAUAAGCCUCUAAAAUAAAAUAAUAGAAGAAUGAAGGACAAUAAAAUCAAACUUUAACACAGA